CCGCCGCGCCGGCCCGCUCCACGGCACGCCGGGCAGCCUCCUGCCCGGCUCGGCUCGGCGCGGCGCGGCGCGGCUUGGCCCGGUUUGGCCCGGCCCGGCCCGGCCCGGCUAGGGCGCUGCUGCCGCCUGCCCCUGGCCGGCUCGGCCGGCACAGGGGGGCCGCGCCAUGGCGGCCAUCCAGAACCUGCAGCUGUGGUGCAAGCAGCAGUGCGAGGGCUACCGCGACGUGAGCAUCACCAACAUGACCACCUCCUUCCGCGACGGCCUCGCCUUCUGCGCCAUCCUGCACCGCCACCGCCCCGACCUCAUAAACUUCAACUCCCUUAGUAAAGAAAAUGUGUACGAGAACAACAAGCUGGCAUUUCGAGUGGCGGAGGAGGAGCUGGGGAUCCCAGCCUUGCUGGAUGCAGAGGAUAUGGUUGCUCUCAGGGUACCAGACAGGCUGAGCAUCCUCACCUAUGUUUCCCAGUAUUAUAACUACUUCCAUGGACGGUCGCCUAUCGGAGGAAUGGCUGGAAUCAAGCGUCCAUCCUCCGAACCCCGGGAUGAGCCUCUUGGGAAGAAAGCCAUUUCAGAGCCUGUUAAGCCAGUCUCUCCAAAACUGCCUCCUGCCCACCCACCAGCCAGGGCUAAGCCAAAAGAAACACCUCCAGUCACCACGAAGGGGAUCCUGGCAGAGAGUGGGAAUAUCCGCAGCAGCAGCUGUGCUAUGUGUGGAAACCAUGUCCACCUGGUGCAGCGCCACUUGGUUGAUGGGAAGCUCUAUCACAGGAACUGCUUCAGGUGCAAGCAGUGUUGGAACGUGCUUAUGUCUGGAGGCUACAAAGCUGGGCCUGAGCCAGGUACUUUCAUCUGUACUAGUCACCAGCAGCCAGACAAUGUCUGGAACUUUGGACUCCAGACUGGGAGCAAACCUGAGGGCACCCCAACUCUUACCCCUGCUAGGGCAGUCCAGAAACCAGCAGAACCCAAGAAGCUGGAACAGAUGUUGAAGAAACCAAGCCAGGAAGACUUUGCUAGUUCAACCAAACCAUCUGUUUCAUCUUCUGGAAGUUCUGGCAUCAAAAGUCUAAAUAUGCCAUGGUCCUCUUCAACCGUAAAUAAAUCGAAUCACCAUGAAGGUACCCUGUCAGCAAAUAAAUCAGAUCACCGUGAAGGUACCCCAACAGGGCCUCUUUGGACAACCUCCACAACAAAAACACAGCAAGCUCGAGAAAAAUUUUUUCAGUCAUUGGAGUCUCCCAGUAAUAAAACCCCUGACACCAAAAAACAAGUCCCUUCUUCCCAUGGCUGUGCUGGAACUGCCUUUGCCAGAACCACUCUUGAGGUCCGUCCAGUGAAUGCUGAGAAGGAUCAGGCACGUAACCAUAUUAUGCAGGCUUUGGCUGGAUCAAACACCUCUCCAAACAGGCCAGGAGGACUCAAUUCCACUGGUUCCGCAGCAUCCAGUAGUAGCAAGUUUUCUCCCACCAGUUCUCAAUGGCAGAGUCCAGCUCCGAAAACACAGCCCAGCAAAAUAGGGUACACAGCACUGAAACAGGAGAAGGUCACAGAGCCUCUGCCCAAGAGCCACGCUGCCAGCAAACCUAUUGAUUCUGUACACAAACCAGAGUCCAAAUGCUCCAAAGGAAGCACGAACGUUACUGAAGACAAGUCUGAGAGCCCAGCUGACUGGAGAUCUCGGUUGAAGCCUGUGGCCAACAAAGACCAAGGUGGCUCUAAGAAACCUUCUGACUACUCCCAGAUGGGAACAGAGAGCCCAGCACAGAAGGAAAUAAAGCCAAGUCCAUCUGUUGUCCCAUCAGCAAAGCAAGACUCGGCUUCAUCUGGUGGGUUCAUGAAGAAGAAGCUGCUUCCCAGCUCAGAUCUUGUCAGGAGCUGUCAGAAUUCGAGAAAAGGCUGGGAAGACUAUGGAGGCUCUUUCAAGAAGGAGGAAGAGGAGGAGCAGUUGAAACAAAGCACUGACACAUUUAAGCCCUCUGCUCCGAAAAGCAUCCAGAGCCCUGAAGCAGUGUCCCCAACCAAGCUGCACCCAGACUAUCUGCCGGAGGAGGAAAUCCAGGAGAAGGUGCGUGACAUUGAGAAGCAGCUGGAUAAGCUGGAAUUGAAAGGAGUGGAUCUGGAGAAGCAGCUGCGUGGCUGCGAAGGAGAUGAGUCUGAGGAUGCCCUCAUGGUGGAUUGGUUCAAACUGAUCCAUGAGAAACAGCUGCUGCUCAGACAGGAAUCGGAAUUGAUGUACAAGAUGAAGCAGCAGAAGCUGGAAGAGCAGCAGUGGAGCAUUGAGACAGAGCUGCGGCACCUCAUGAACAGGCCAGAGGAACUGAAGACACCCAGGGAGAAGGAGCGAGAGAAGGAGCUGCUAGAGUCAUACCUUAACACAGUCAAUGAUCGGAAUAAUAUUGUGGAGUGCCUGGAUGAGGACAGACUCAGAGAGCAAGAGGAGGACCAGAUGUUGGCAGACAUGAUCCAGAAGUUGGAUGGACCUCGUGAGAGCCAGGAAUCAGAGAAGAAGAAGAACAAGUUCCGCUUGUCCAAAAUAUGGAAGCAGAAAAAUAAGAGCUAAGCUCAGGAAUGAUGUUCCCUUGCCCAGUGCCUCAGAGAGGGCUGUUAAAGGGAUGUUCUUUCCUCACUGCUACUUUCCUGAAGUCAAGCAGCCUGAUCACAGUUCUGCAUUUCCUUUUGACAUGGAGACUGCAGGUUUGCGGACCAAAGGGACCGUGUGAAUCCCCUCUGUCCCUGAUAUGGGGUCCGAGUGCAUCAUUUCCGGACGAUGGACUUUUAAGACCUCUUCUUCCCUUCAUCUAGCUCAGAGCUGGCUUCAGCCUCUUUGGCAGCUCAGGAGAGCAGAGCUCAGCUUGACCAUCCACCGCUCAGGGGUCAUUACAGUCCUGAAUGCAGGAGUACGGCACUGUGUGUCACCCCACAGUGCCACACUCCUGCCAGAUAGGGCUGUGUCAAUGACCAUGUGUUGGUCCAUAAAAGGGCAGUUUUGCCUCCCUCUCUGCAUGAGCUAUGGCGUUUUGGCCAGGCUCAGAGAUGCAGAGAGGUGCUAUGGGGCAUGAGGCAUCAAGGACCUCCCCCUUAUUAUGUCAGUGCAAACUGGAGCUGCAAACCCCACAGCCAGGGGAGGCAGCAAGCAGAAUCAGCUCCCUCUCUCUGGGGUGGGAUGUCCUAGACCCAAAGAGGUUUCGGCAGUAGUGCUCCGUUUUUAGACCUCCUUUUGGGAGUAGCCGUAGGCUGGUUUCUCAGAGCUCUGAGGGGUUGCUCACUGCUUCGUUCCCUCUGUGGGGGAGGUUUGUAGUUUCCAUAUUUCCCUGGUGACCACAUGGUGAAUUAGAGUUUUCAUUGCCUGUGGCCCAUCAUGCCACACAAGUCUUCUUUUAACAACCAGGUGCUAACUGGGAGCAGAAGGGAAUAGUCAGGUUUGCCUCACCCCCAAGCUUGUGUAUGGGGACAGACACUCAUCUCCUGAGGCUCUAUUCCUGGGCAGCCAGCGCCCUCAAGGGGUGCCGGGGUUCAGUGUGAUGGGACCAAGAUAGUAAGAGCAGCACAGGGCAGGUACUGGGCUGCAGGUGAUGAGGGUCUCCCCUCUUCCUUCCGAAUACCCAGAGUGGCUGCAGCCAGACACCUGCCCUAUAUGGCCUCCCUUCCCAGUCAAGCUGGGGAGCAGGAAUGGAGACUGUCAGGGAGAGAUCAGAAUUAUUUGUGAUGCCUCUAGCUCUGGUAACUGUGGACUCCCCUUCGCUUCCUUCCUCCCUCCGAGCCAGGGAACGUCGUGGGUUUUCCAGGUCCUGUUUUCCAGCGGGGCCCAGGAUCUUGCAGGGUCGUUUGCUGCCCGCUGUGCCCGGUGGCAAAGCGGAGGCGAUGCAUCCCUUACCCACGAGGUGGCAGUGGGACUCUCCGUCCAAGGCAGCCCGCCCUGGGCAUGGCAGGGGUGUGCUCAGUGAGGUACCAAGUGCCUGAGGAGUCUCCUGGUACCUACAGUAUGUGCUCCGUGUGUGCGUGUAGCGGGGCACCCUGUACCCGCGUAUGCUGAUGUCUAAUAAAGAAUUGCUGGAGCAAAUCUCA